AUUAUAUUUUGGAUUUGCACACACACACACAAACAAACAACAACAACAAAAAAAGCCAAACCACCACCACCAAACCGACCCAAAAGCCCUCCGCACGCCCUCCCGGUUUGCACCGUGUGGAUGCGGCCCGGGCUGCGUGGCGAGAGCAGAUGCUGAGGGGCCGCAGGAGGAGGAUGGAGUGCACCCUCGAUGCGCAGAGUUUGAUCAGUAUUUCCCUGCGGAAGAUCCACAGCUCCCGCACUCAGCGAGGCGGCAUCAAGCUUCACAAGAACCUGCUCGUCUCCUAUGUGCUCCGCAACGCCCGCCAGCUCUACCUGAGCGAACGCUACGCCGAGCUCUACCGCCGCCAGCAGCACUACCCCGACGGAGCCCCGCUGCUCGCCGUUCCCCCUCCCUGCCCUCCUCCGCCGCCCUCCGCCCCUCCGGAGAUGCCCCCCCUGCCCGGCGACCCCCACGAGCGCGACGUUCGGAGCUGCGCGGCGCUGCGGGGCG